AUGCCCGUCACACCCCCGCCGAGCCCUCGGCGCAAGGCCCUCAGCGAGGGCGACAAAUCGCCGCCUUACCCGGACUCUGGCUAUGGCUCUAGCAUCGUCACUCCCCUAACAAGUAUCUCGUCUCUUUGUGGCUCUCAUGAGUCUUAUCAUAUCGGCCUGUUCGAUGGAAACGACUCUGCCGACUUUGAAGUCGCGCUCUCCGAUGACGAGUCUCGCACCCCGGAGACUCACACAGACACCUUGUUCUCGAGGAGGUCUCGCACUCUUCCGCGCCUCUCCCAGGCCUUCCGCGAGGCCCUCAACAUCGGCGCCUCCCCCGAGGCACUCAAGCCAACUCGGCGAGGCUCGGAUGUUGGACCUGUCCGCGCUUCUGGAGUCCUGUUUCGCGCUCCCGACCGUUUCCUCCCCUCCAGGGAUGCUACUACGUCCCUGAACGAGAAGUUUCGACUCACCCGCCGCCCCGAAGACCUCACUGAGGCUGAGCGUCUCCUUCGCCACAGCCGUGCUUCUCCCGAUGCGUUCUGCUACCCUGAUCGUCGAGUGGCCCCGGAAGCCGCCACCCAGCGAUCCAUUUCCCGCUCGGACACUUUGGCGAUGUUACCUAGGACCCGAGCUAGAACCGUCCUAGGUCCUGUCCAGAUGAACUACCAGACCUACGCCAACCGCGCCCCCAGCGCCGGCUCCGUUUGGACCGUCGGAGGCGUUGCUCCCCACGGUGCGGUCAUCCAUGAUGGCCAUGGAAAUCUCGUCCAGAGUGGCACGAACGCUACCAUGUAUGUGUCGGAUUUCUCCAAGACCAAAGCCGACCUGGACCUGGAUCAGAGCAAGCACGAGGGUCGUCUGGCAGCAGCUCUUGGCAUCGACCUCGCGUCCAAGACUCUUGGAUCCAACGUUGCCGACAACAACACCGGCAUCUCCAAGAAUGCGUCCCAGCACGACUAUGCUUCGCCCAAGUCGGUCUGGGACGGUACCGUCUGGGUCAAGGAUUGCAAUGCUCAUCAUCCUGCAAAAGCUGAAAAGCCCAGAAACUUGGCUGUGGCUCCUUUCCGUGUGCUUGAUGCACCGCAUCUUCGCGACGAUUUCUACUGCUCGAUUCUCGCAUACUCGCCCACAUCCCACACUCUGGCCGUGGGAUUGAACAACGCUCUUUACAGCUGGUCCGAGACCGAUGGAGUCAAGGUUUUGAACAAGGGUUCGGACGAUGAUCGAGUCUGGCUCACUGCCAUUGCAUUCUCCUCGACGGAGGGAGCCAAGAGCAUCCUUGCAUUUGGCCGCACCAACCGAAUCUUGGAGUUCAUGUCUCUCCACGAGUGCGGCCUUCCUCGGCUGACCGUCAAAGAGAACGAGCCGGUCUCCGCUCUGAGCUGGAAGCCUAGGCGCACACCCCGGUUCUCCAAGAACCCACGCAACUCUAGGUCCACCCAAGUUGACACUGAGACCUUGCUGGUUGGAGAUGAGUCCGGAAACAUUUCCUACUAUGCGAUCGAGUGGCCUGAAAAGUGGGAGGUGGCCAGAGACAACUGGAAGGGCGAGGUCACCCUCAUGGCUCGCAUCACAAUCCAUCAACAGCAGAUCUGCGGACUGUCCUGGUCGACCAACGGCGAAUACUUCGCGUCUGGUGGAAACGAUAACCUCUGCUGCUUGUUCGAUGCGAAGAGGGUUCUGAAGAACUACCACGGCUCCGACAAGGGUCUUGCCUACGAGCCUGCCAACGAAGUCGAGGGCCUUGAUCUCACCGUGAGCCGGCGAAGCGAGCUCAUUGGGGUCACUUCCGAGGGCGCAGAGAUCCGUCGCACGCCUGACGCUCGAUACCUCGUCAAUUUCCUCGGUCAGGAGGCUGCCAAGCACCGCUGGUUCCACGGCGCCGCUGUCAAGGCCAUCGCUUUCUGCCCCUGGCAAGAGGACCUCGUUGCUACCGGUGGUGGCUCGAACGACAAAUGCAUUCACUUCUUCCACGCCAUGUCUGGCUCGGCUCUGGCUACAAUCUCUGUCUCGGCGCAGGUCACCAGCCUCAUCUGGAGCACUACCAAGCGCGAGAUUGCCGCCACCUUCGGCUAUGCCAUUCCGGAGCACCCCGUUCGCGUUGCCGUCUUCUCCUGGCCGGAUUGCAAACAGGUCGCAGCCAUCAAAUGGGACGGUAAGCACCGGGCCCUGUAUGCUGUCCCCUACCCCAGGAUCCCGCUUCGCACCCAGGACGAGAUGGAUGCCGAUUUGGCGGACCGACGCGGCCAGCGCGAUCGCUCGUCGUCUGGACUCCAGCAGGACGCCAGCGGCUGUGUCGUGAUCGCCGCGAGCGAUGAGAGCAUCAAGUUCCACGAGAUCUGGCCGGCGGCCCCGAAGCUGACUGUCGGCGGCAUAGGCAUGCUUGGCGGCAGCGAGAUUCUCGAGGGCCUGUCCGGCAUCGACCGCGAGGGCGACAUCAUUCGAUAA